AGCGCCGCCCCGUCCUAAAUUGAAGCCAAGCGCUUGUCGCCAAGAUGUCGUCUAACAACAACGAGCAGGAGCAGCAGUUCUCCAUUCAACCUCAUCCCGCCACUACCAACGACCCAUCUACGGACCCGGCGCUCAAUGGUGGUGCUUCGCUCAAGGGAGAGCCAGGUCCUAGAAUCCUCAGCAGCGAAGAGUCGAGCAAGAUUGGAGAGCCUCUUAGCCGCGAGGAGCUAGCCAAGCGCUCAGCCGAGCUCAACAAGGAGUAGAGCGGCGCUCCAUUUUUUUUUCCAUUCCAUACGCUGGGUAGUACUGGU